CCCCUUCUUCCCUUCCCCUUUUCCAUGCAAAAUUAUUUAAACCCCUUCCUCACUCAUCUAUUUAGACAUGCUAACAAAAUCAAGAAUCCAAUCAAUUGAUACGAAAUAAACUGAACCCAGAAGACGGAAACAUCCCAAAAACAAUUCUUUGUUUAGCUUUUAACAAAGAGCUAAAUCUUUUAAGUAUCAAAAUUGGAGACUAAUGGUUGUGGUGGGUUCAUCGUCGUCAACCUCAUCAAGUGCGUCGAGGCAGGGCUUGCCGUCGUUGUCAAGAGUUGCAGCGACGGCGUCGAAAACGAGGAGCGGUGGUGAAUUAGAUAAUAUGUCAAAAGAAGACCAAAUUCAACAUAGUGCCAAGGCAAUUUCGGAUUUUGAUUUGAGUUUCAAAGAGAGGGCGGUCUCUGCUGCUGGAGCUGCCUUCCUCUCCGCUAUCAUUGUUAAUCCUCUAGAUGUUGUCAAGACUAGGUUGCAAGCUCAGGCUGCUGGUGUACCGUACCAUGAUAACCUUUGGAAUCCAUCACGCUUUGAAACUCAUGGUAUGCUGCCAGAUAUAAAGCACAAUCCAUCAUCUACUGAUGCAGUUUUUCAUGCUGUACCAACUUGCUCUUCAGAAGGUUCACGGUAUAAAGGAACAUUAGAUGUCCUCUACAGAGUUGUACGUCAGGAAGGAUUCACUAGGUUGUGGAGAGGCACAAACGCAAGUUUAGCAUUAGCAGUCCCUUCUGUUGGAAUAUAUAUGCCCCUUUAUGACAUUUUCCGUAACUUUAUGGAAGAACAAGCUGCAGAGAAAGCUCCAAUUGUGAUGCCAUAUGUCCCGUUAGUUGCAGGAUCCUUGGCGCGGACAGUAGCUUGCAUCACUUGUUACCCUGUUGAUCUAGCUAGAACGCGAAUGCAGGCAUUUAGAGACCAUCAGCCUGGUUCGAAGCCACCAGGAGUAUUGAAGACAUUAGUUGGGGUCAUUUCUCCAGUCAAGAGCACAAACAACCAUCAGACUUUUCAAACUUACCGUAUCUUGUGGACUGGACUUGGAGCACAGCUUGUUCGUGAUGUUCCUUUCUCUGCAAUUUGCUGGUCAACACUUGAGCCAGCUAGAAGAAGAAUUUUGGGCCUGAUGGGUGACAAGACAAGUGUAGGUGGAGUCCUUGGGGCAAACUUCUGUGCUGGGUUUACUGCAGGAAGUCUUGCAGCUGCUUUUACAUGUCCUUUAGAUGUUGCAAGGACCUGGCGGCAGAUAGAGAAAGAUCCUGUACGAGCAUUGAGGAUGACCACAAGACAAACAUUGCUUGAGAUAUGGAGGGAUGGAGGGAUAAAGGGACUUUUUACAGGAGUUGGUCCUCGAGUGGCCCGGGCAGGCCCUUCAGUGGGGAUUGUUGUUUCAUUUUAUGAAGUUGUCAAAUACGCUUUGGAGCAGAGACAUUUGACACAGUGAAGGAGAAGUUUCAGCAUCUUACUCGAUUUCUGACUCUUACCAUAUCUUUUGAAGAUCCUUUUCAUCUAAUGGGUUGGUGAACAAGAUGGCAGCAUUGGCUUAAUUGGCAAGGAUCCAGGGGUGUCCGGGAAGGUGCAUCUUUGAUGGAAAACAAUAAAACUGCAUGGUGAUUUUCCGCUCUGUUUUGGCAUGGGAAGACUGUUGCUCCUAAUUGUUUGAGGGACGUAGUGGUUGUACUGCAACACCGGAAUUUAGCAAACUGCACUUACAUCUCUAGCUUUGAGAUGAUUUGAACCCAGCGACAUGCUGGGAAUAAAUGAUCAUUUUCUGGUAUACUAUUUGACGAUUGGCCAGGCUGAACA